GGUCCCCGGCGCCCAGUCCAACUCACGCCAAAGGCGACUCGAUCUCGCACUCGUUUCGAGCUUACGGAAGAAGAAUCCAUGGAGCCCGCGCCGUCGGCGGUCAUGGAGCGGGAGCGCCUCACGGCCGAGAUGUCCUUCCGCGGCGACGCCGCCCAGCAGCCGGGCCUCGAGCGGCUGCCCAGCAUCAUCAUCAAGAUCCGCCGCCGCCUGCCCGACUUCGCCCGCUCCGUCAACCUCAAGUACGUCAAGCUGGGCAUCCGCCACCGCGGCAGCCCCACCUCGUACCUGCCCAUGCUCUGCGUCCCCGUGCUCGCCUCCGCCGCCUACUCCUUCGUGCGCCUCGACGUCAUCUACCGCUCCAUCGACCUGCUCACCUGCGUCGCCUGGCUCGGCACCGCCAUGCUCCUCCUCACCGUCUACUACUUCAAGCGCCCGCGCCCCGUCUACCUCGUCGAGUUCGCCUGCUACAAGCCCGACGACCAGCACAAGAUCUCCAAGGACGCCUUCCUCGACAUGACCGACAGCACCGGCGCCUUCAACGACGCCGCGCUCGAGUUCCAGACCAAGAUCACCACCCGCUCCGCGCUCGGGGACGAGACCUACCUGCCCCCCGGCGUCCAGGCGCGCCCGCCCAGGCUCAACAUGGCCGAGGCAAGGCUGGAGGCCGAGGCGGUCAUGUUCGGCUGCCUGGACGCCCUCUUCGCGUCCACGGGCAUCAACCCGCGCCGCGACGUGCGCAUCCUCAUCGUCAACUGCAGCCUCUUCAACCCGACGCCGUCCCUGGCCUCCAUGAUCAUCCACCACUACAGGAUGCGCGAGGACGUCAAGUCCUUCAACCUCGGCGGCAUGGGUUGCAGCGCCGGCCUCAUCGCCAUCGACCUCGCCAAGGACAUGCUCCAGGCGCACCCAAACUCCUACGCCGUCGUCCUCAGCACCGAGAACAUCACCCUCAACUGGUACUUCGGGAACGACAAGUCCAUGCUGCUCUCCAACUGCAUCUUCCGCAUGGGCGGCGCCGCGGCGCUGCUCUCCAACCGCCGCGCCGACGCCGGCCGCGCCAAGUACCGCCUGCUCCACACCGUGCGCACGCACAAGGGCGCCACCGACGAGUGCUUCAACUGCGUCUACCAGAAAGAGGACGACGGCGGCAAGGUCGGCGUGUCGCUCGCCAGGGAGCUCAUGUCCGUGGCCGGGGACGCGCUCAAGACCAACAUCACCACGCUCGGCCCGCUCGUCCUGCCCCUCUCGGAGCAGCUCAAGUUCCUCAAGUCCCUGAUGAUGCGCCGCGUGUUCCGCGCCAAGGGGGUGCGCCCCUACAUCCCCAACUUCCGGCGCGCCUUCGAGCACUUCUGCGUGCACGCCGGCGGCCGCGCCGUGCUGGAGGAGGUGCAGCGCAGCCUCAGCCUGGAGGACAAGGACAUGGAGCCCAGCAGGUGCACGCUGCACCGCUUCGGCAACACCAGCAGCAGCUCGCUCUGGUACGAGCUCGCAUACGCCGAGGCCAAGGGACGCGUCAAGCGCGGCAACCGCGUCUGGCAGAUCGGCUUCGGCUCGGGCUUCAAGUGCAACAGCGCCGUGUGGCGCGCGCUCCGCGACGUGCCGGCAGUGUCGUCGUCGCCCGCCGCCGACGCCGACGCCGCGCCUGGAGCGGAAAAGAUCAGGAGCUGCAACCCCUGGGUGGACUGCGUCGCCAAGUACCCGCCCAAGGCCUACGUCUGAUUCUGAAGAUCGAUUAUGCAUGCUGCGUGACUACUUCACACCAACAUUACAUGAUUCUUUUCUCCUCGCGCUCACGGUAAACAAGACAAGUGCGGUGGGGAGAUUACAUACAGUACUCCAUAUAUGUUUUCAUUUCUUCUGCAUUUCCCUCCCGUAGGUGACUGUAAACAGUGCUAGUUUCUGGAACUCAGAUUCCAUGAGCAAGCAGUGCCAUUGUUUUCAGCUUUUGUACUGGCACUGGCUUACACUGGUUGCCCAUCAAGUGUGAAUUACUACAAACGAUAAAUACAAUGAAAUUUCAAGCUA